AAAAUUCCGAGGAAUUCGCUCGUUCCUAGAGGGAAGGAAGUAGUAGAGUAUAGAUAUAGCUCUUCGAAGCCCCAAAGGUUAAAUUUUCGGUGCUAAAAGCUCCGGAGGAGUGUCAAUGCCGACUGCUUUGCAUAUAUUGAAUGAUUUAGCGUCGUUCAACGCGGAAAUUUGUUGUCUUGGCCAAGUCGUCGUUGACGUCAUAAACCAAAACUGACAUAACUGCUUACUUAGGCCGAAGACUGAGUACAUGGAAACAUCAACAUGGUACGAACAAAAUCGUGUGUAAUCCUUCUGUGGUAGAACAAGCUCUCUUUUGGUCUAAUGCUCUAGAAAAUCUUAGGAUAUUUUUGGUAUAUUUAGAGAGGUUUACCAUUACUAACGGCCUAGUUCAGGACAUGGUUCACAAAUUGGAAAGUGACGGGACCUUAGUUCACACGAAAUCACUACCAUCACGACCAUCAUCACUAUCUUCUCCAGUUUAGAUAUAUGGUCAUGCCUUUUCGGUGGUCUUACGACAACCAAGGGGAGCUCGAUGCGUUGGAAGACAUCUUUAAGGCACCAGAUUGGAAUGAACCAGCUUUGAAGCCUGCUCUGUCAUGUAUACUGGCUCCUGCACUUUGUGCAGUUUACGGUGCGACCAAAGAUGGGAUGAAUGCGAGCUCGAGGGAAGCAGUGAAGGAGUUAUCGUGCAUUCAAGUAAACAUCGAAUCAGUCGAAGAAGUACCUUCAGGAUUUUUCUUCGACGACGACGACGAUGACGAAGUAUUUUACAAAGAUGACCUUUCUUUCUCGUCUUCGUCGUCCUCACCUUCAAACACACGUCGCCCAAGAUCUCCCGAGCUACUUUAUCCACCCAUACCAACACUAACUGCUGUCAAGGAGCGUCUACCGGUUUUUUUCAACUACAAGUAUAGCUCUAUAUUUGUUUCUGGUUAUGAAGCUGAGCGACAAAGAACAGAAAAAAGAACGUUUGGAAAAGAUACGGCUUUGUUGUUGGCUGAAAGAAGGUCUUCAUACAUCAAGCGAAGAAGAGAUAUGGAGAGAGAAGAGUGUCUAAUUAUUGAAAACGAAAUCGACAAUGCAAUUGAAUCAAAGUUCUAUCAACUUAAAAUGGCAGACGAACUAGAGAAAACUGGAUCAAAACGAACAGUACGUCGAGCAAAGUUAUGGCGUCGCUGUGCAGCCAUGGCCGAAGUGCUCGCAAAGGAACAAGCCGAGGCAUUGCUAUGGAAACGAAGGUACGAAGAGGCUGCUGGGAUUGCAUUUGGGAAUAAAUAUUUUCACUGAUGUUGCUCUGGUCAGUAAAUCAACGACGAUUCUACAUAAUGAUUGUGCUAACAAUGCUUUGGUAUGCAAUGUCUUCGCGCAUUCACGUUGCCAAUAUCAAGGGAGGCAAAUACUCAUUUCAAAAAUUUACUUCCGGCGACUUAAUUCGACCAAUGACAGAAAGAAGAACGAUGAGAAUGCGGAAUGAUGGAUAACCAAAUAAGGUCAGUCAAGAUUGAGAAGCGUGGAGGUAUAAGAUUUUUUUCUUGAAAAUAAUUCCUUUGUGAGAAAUUGAGAGAAAAGGCAAGAAGAUCAAACAACGCGUGUAUGACUUCACGAAAUAAGAUGGAUUCCCAAAACUGCCGGAAUUCUUUCAUCUUUGGUCGUCUAGUAACUCAUUUGGCUUGGUCAAGUCACCUAGAACGUCAUUCUGCUUGGCUGCUGAUGACGUCAUAUCCUGUCAUCUAAAAAAAUGAGCUUAUUUAUGGGUUCAAGAUAUUUCAAUUUUGCCAAGUUUUUUCAACAUGAAUUAGGACAUGAUUUACUGUCUUCUUUUAUCAAUGCUACCAAGAUAUUUUUAUCUGGUAGACUAAACCCUUUGUGACUUUACUUUAAGACAAAGGUACCUGGAUGGAGAGCUGCUUCGUAACUCAAUUUGCCAAUGACGUCACAACUUCGAGUGGAUGUAAUAACACAACCGCUGACCAGCUUCUAUCGGGUUUAGUCAGUUUUUAACAACAACAAAAAAGAUUUCCUUUCAGGAUAAAUUGUGAAAUCUAUUUUUGCAAUAAAAGGAAUAAAUGUAUUAUUUGUCGUUU